GCGGAGUGUCGGGGAGAGAGCGGCUAUCCCUCGCAUCGCACGUGGGGGAAAAGAGAACAAUCGAAGGGAGUGUUGUGCCACAGGAGGCAGUGGAGAUAACCACUGGUGCUAGUGGCAUGCCACAUGCCGAAGAAGCAACAACAACUGCCCCCCCAAAUACGGACAUGGUUGCACCGUGAUUCUGGGUUUACAAGAAUCCUGUCGCUGGGAGUCGGCAUCGAUCUCCAAGUUUAAGUUUGGCUGAAGGAUAUUUAUUUUAUUUUAUUCCUGGCUCUGGGCUGUAUCUGCCUCUGUGGAAGAAAAAAAAACCCAGCAGGCAUUGACGAUACUGGACCACGAGUGAUUAUCACUGACCAAAUCUACAACUGGAUCUCUCGGCGCUGCCUUGGAUGGAUACGAGUAAGAACAACAGUGGAUGCUUCAUCCGGUCAGAUCAUUGUUGUCUUGACGCAGAAAUCUGAUGCCAAACAAGCGUUCUUUGGAUUCAUGUUAAAACCGUGACUUUCUAUUAACAGAUGCAAACAAAAUAUCAUGAAGCACCCCGGCAAUAUUUAGGUCCCAGCGAAGGAUGCUGAAGAUGUUGCUUGUCGUUUUGCUCAUUAGUUGGCACCUUUCCACGUGGCCAGUUGUCGAAUAAAAAAAUAACAACCCCUUUCGCACCGUGAAUUUCAACAAACCGGGAACCUACGUGGCAAGGCUUUCAAACAAAAAGAAGAGAGAAGACACUGGACUUAAAAGUCAUGGCAUCCAGGGACAAUUCUCGCGUCCCCAGGGGAUCGAGUGGGCUGACCAAUGGCUUUCCUGGGAUCAUGUACCCGCCGUACACAUUUCCCGGCCCUCUGGCUGUGAGCAGGCUUUCCCCCAAGACCUUUGGCUUCUCAACCCAGGGGCUGUCAAUGCUUCACCCGCAGAGGCCCAUCAGCGGUUACAGCACCCCUUCUCCUGCUACGGCAGAGUCGCAGAGCACGAGCUCAGAAGAGCACUCGCCAAGCCCAGCGUCGCCGCCGCCGCCGCCUCGUGCCUACAAGCCCUGCUUCGUGUGCCAGGACAAGUCAUCGGGGUACCACUAUGGUGUCAGCUCUUGCGAGGGAUGCAAGGGCUUCUUCCGCCGGAGUAUUCAGAAGAACAUGGUGUACACCUGCCACCGUGACAAGAAGUGCAUCAUCAACAAGAUAACGCGUAACCGCUGCCAGUACUGCCGCCUGCAACGCUGCCUUGAAGUUGGCAUGUCCAAGGAAUCGGUGAGGAAUGACCGGAGCAAAAAGAAGAAGGAGGUGGUGCGACCGGAGUUGCUGGAAAUUCCUCCGCCGUGUCCCGAGAUCGAGGACCUCAUUGACCGCGUGCGCCGUGCCCACCAGGAGACUUUCCCAUCGCUGUGUCAGCUCGGCAAGUACACGACGUCCAAUGGAUCGGGGCAGCGCGUGACGCUCGACGCAAACCUGUGGGAUAAGUUCAGCGAGCUGUCCACCAAGUGUAUCGUGAAGACGGUGGAGUUCGCCAAGCGCAUUCCGGGCUUCUCCACCCUGGGCAUCGACGACCAGAUCACUUUGCUCAAGGCAGCCUGCCUCGACAUCUUGAUCCUGCGGAUCUGCACUCGCUACACGCCCGAGCACGACACGAUGACGUUCUCGGACGGGCUGACACUCAACCGCACGCAGAUGCACAACGCGGGCUUCGGGCCGCUCACCGACCUGGUGUUCGCGUUCGCCGCACAGCUGCUGCCGCUCGAGAUGGACGACACGGAGGCCGGCCUGCUGUCCUCCAUCUGCCUCAUCACGGGCGACCGGCCCGAGCUGGAGCACCCGGAGCGAGUGGACCGGCUCCAGGAGCCGCUGCUGGAGGCGCUCAAGUACUACGUGCGCAAGCGGCGGCCCACCAAGCCCCACAUGUUCCCCAAGAUCCUCAUGAAGAUCACCGACCUCCGUGGCAUCAGCUCCAAGGGCUCGGACCGCGUGAUCACGCUCAAGAUGGAGAUCCCAGGCUCCAUGCCACCGCUCAUCCAGGAGAUGCUGGAGAACCCCGACGGGCCCGAGGGAGGCUGCACGACCCCACCGCCGCCGCCGCCACAGAGCGAACCCGCGGCCGGAAACAAGGCCCCCGUGCCAGAGCCCUCCGCGGGCAAGACCGGCGGGGCCGGAGCGUCCGGGGGGGGGGGCGGCACCAAGUGUACCAGAGCAAAGGGGGGGGGCAGUGAGGACUGCAGGGCCAGCAGCUCGACCGCCGCUACUGCUGUGACGGCGGCGGCAGCAGCAGCACGUGACCUGGCGCCUCCGUCAAGCAAGGGCGCUCUUGCAAGGUGUUCAACUGGGCCUCAGCCACCGCAGCCGCUUCAGCCGCACGUCAAGAAGUGAACCCCCCCCGCCGCCGCCUCCUGCCGACUGCAGAUGCACUAAAAAGAUUGUUUAUUUUCGUCCCUUAUAUAUGUAUAAAAAAAAGGCCUACUCUGAAAGGAAGUCGUAUAUUUUUUAAUUCUUCACAGGCAAAAAUGCGGGAAGUAAAUGGCGCUUGUUGAUGAAAAUUGACGGUCGUGUAAUUUUUUCAACACAAGGAAAAACUGCAAAUGAAGAUGGUCAUAAUGGCUGUUCAAGUCGGCUGCCCGAGGUGAAAUUGAUCAGACAGUUGUUAAUGCUGAAGGACCUGUAUAUUUAUUCGGCAUGUGUUCAGAUAGUCAAACCUACCGAUGAUUCCUCCCAAGACUAUGAUGUGGUUCUGAACGCGACCCACUAAAGGGGAAUCAAAAUGAUUGCAGCUCGGACUUGGAAGGCUCACCUGCUUCAGCGGAAGCUAGUUACCGGACCGCUCUUAUUGUAACCUUUUGAGGAAUAUAGCUGUUCAACAAUGGAACAUCUGUACUUUUCAACAACAGGACAUAUAAAGGCUUUGUCUUCUGUGGACAUGUGAUCACGGAGAAACUUCUUACCGCAUGGAGAUGAUACUCCCACCAGCUUACUCGCACUCAAAAUCCAAGCAACAUCAUCAAAUGUCUCCAAUUUUUAUUGGGCUUUUUUUUAUUUGGAUUGCAAACACGAAUCGAAUAUUGUUGAGAAAUUAACAUUUUUAAGAGGCUAAUUUUUAUACAAAACCUGAUUUUUUUCUCUUUGCCACGUUGCAAAUUCUCGCUUUUGGCUCUCGAUGUGAAAGCACACCGGGUUACACAGCCCUAGGCUCAUUAGCACGCUAUCAGGGUUCUAUGACUGUCGGUUGACAUCCAUGCAUCAGCAGCUCUUAAAUGAUAUUAAACUGACAAUGGCGGAGAAUAACGAAUGGCAGCAACAUCAUUAGAUAGUCACAUGACUCCACGAUGGAGCCAAUGCAUUAAGUAGACUGCACCAGCGGGAUGACAUGAACUUGAGAGCGACCUUCUUUUGUCCUGAUUUUUUUACCCUUUCAAAUGUCAUGUUGAAACCGGUUCGUGUGUGCUAUGAAAUCGGAGCUCAUAACUGUUGCUCAUAUAGACAGUGCCUCAUCACGCAGUACGCUGUUGCUGUGAUGCAUCUAUUAUAUUGCCUUAUAAAUAUAUCGCAUCCUAUAAUGUACUGUAUUUAUGUUAUUUUAGUGCAGUACAAGGCUAAGUGACUUGUAUUUUGUAUGCAUUUUGUGGUUAUAUUUCAGUGGGGGGGGGGGGGGGGGGGUUGACGUAGGGUACGUGUACUUGUAGUGGAUGGUGGUGCAGUUCAGCCUUGUCAAUGAGCACAAUCCGUUACAGCCAGAGCAGCGUACAAGGAGUGAUCCAAAAGUCAGUGGUCUGGAAAUGCAGUUUCCAGUUAAAAUGAGGUCAAAUGACACGAUUUUGUACAAAUUAAAUAACUAUUUAUCCGUCUCAUUCACUGUGACCUAUCUUUUCUGUGAUUGUCAUCCAGAUUGCUCUAUUCAGUUCUCCCAAUAUACAGUUUACACGCAGACAAGAUCAAGUCGGACACAUUCUAAAUGUAUAGUUAAACAAUUGCAAUGAAGUCGGUCAUCCAUUCAAAUAAAGUACUGCACUUUAAUGUGACUCGUCACCCUUGCAGCGCCGCUCACGUGUCAGGCAGCAGACCUUUCGAUCACUCCGCACGUGACAGUUAUGAAUAUAUUUCUCUUUGUUAUAGAAUUUUUUUUAAAGCAAUGUUUUUCAUGUUAUGCCUUUUCUGUUACUGUGAUUGGGGGCUUGGGCUUUAACUGAUCACGUGAGACACACGGAGUACUGUCAUUCUUUGCGUGGCACCAAAACAGUCAGAUAAUACAAAGCUUUUGCAUCAAUCGGGCGCGGCGAGCAAAGAAUUUGAGCCAAAUAUGUAGUAGUACUCUGGGGUUGCUGCCUGCAUAGCCACUGCGGUCAAGUUGAGCAGCACCAUCAUGUAAGCUUUGCCUGUUGCGAUGCCGCAUACAGCACGCUUAUGUGAGACAAUCCAGCGGAACGCUUUUUGGGGGGUGGGGGAAGUGAAUGUGCCAAAUGUGUAAACGUGGAGACCCUCGACUUUGCUGAAUGAGAUUAUAAUGGGUCAUUCAGGUGUUCUUAAACAAAAUUCUCUGAAAAAAAUGUUUUUUUUUUAGAAAUAACUUUUAAGUUGGAAUUACCCUGUAGGUUAUGUUAAUAAAAUGCUUUCAACACAAAACUAUAUUUUUACGCAUUU